AUGCGUCUGUCAGAUGUGUUUCUCCUGGUCGCGGCGUUUAUGCCGGCCACUGCACUAGCUGGUACAUCCGCGCAGUCGACUGCUGCACAAGCAGCACAGCUCGAAGCCACCCUGCCACCAUGUGCGCUGCUUUGCAUGAAAAAGUCAUUGCCAGAAGCCUCGUGUGAGCCCACUGACCAAGUGUGCCUGUGUACAGACGAAAAGUACACUGCCGCACUAGAGAGUUGUGUUGUCGCCAGCUGCACAAUCCGACAGUCUUUGACUACGAAAAAUGUCACAUCAAUGGCAUGCCAUGCCCCGGUUCGGGAUCGGACGAAAACCGUCUCUUAUGCAGGAGUUGCCGGCGGCAUCAUCGCUCUCGUUGCCUAUAUUCUCCGUAUGACAGCGCGUCUCAGGUGCUGCGGUGGUACUUUUGGCUGGGAUGAUUGGACUAUGACCCUGACGAUGGCUCUUCUGAUCCCUCUUUCGGCGCUUUCAGCUGUCCUGGCUGAUACCGGACUCGGGCGGGAUAUGUGGACACUGCCUUUUGCGAACAUCACCCACAUUCUUUAUGUAUACUUCUGGGAUGAAUUGCUUUACCUGAGUAUUCUCCCACUGACAAAAAUAUCUAUCUGCUGCUUCUACCUCCGCAUUUUCCCCGACCGACAAUUCCGAACCGCGACAUACGUCGUCAUCGGACUCAACGUCGCCUACCUCAUCGCUUUCGUUCUCAUCUCUGUUUUCCAAUGUCGACCACUCCCUGGUGCUUGGCUCCAUUGGGAUGGCGAAGGAAACUAUAAAUGCAAUGCCAUCAACGCGCAGGGCUGGUCGGCGGCCGCGAUAAACAUGGUCUUUGAUAUCCUUGUGAUGGCCCUUCCACUGAAGCAACUCUGGCAUUUAAACCUUUCGAUGAGAAAAAAGGCAUAUGUGAUGUGCAUGUUUAGUCUGGGUAUCUUUGUUACCCUCGUCAGCAUCUUGCGGUUGAACUCCCUCAUUCACUUUGCCUCUACCGACAACUUGACCUGGGAUUACGUCGCCAUCGGAUACUGGAGUACGAUCGAAUGUGACGUCGGCGUUAUCUGCGCAUGCCUACCCGCAAUUCGAUCUUUACUUCGCCGUGUCUCGCCAGGACUCUUCGGCGAUACCGAGCAUGCCAAGUCAUAUGGUAUAAAUUCUCAAUCUCAUGGAGGAGGGUCGCAAUUCGAAAGAUCGAUCCAUGUUCAGAAUAGCUUUCAGGUUCAGAGCAAGAGCGAUUCUCACCAGUUUUAUCCGCUUGGCGAUCUGGAGAAUUCUAGCGAGGCUCGAUUGCACCACCGUCAAGAAUAA